AUGGAAUCUUCAGCGACAAGACCUGCCGUCAUUGCUGUGGCCGCGGUUGCUACUGGUCUCUUGGCCUACGCCGUCUACUUCGACUACCGUCGCCGCAGCAGCGCCGAGUUCAGGAGGGAAUUGCGCCGCAACGACCGCCGCCAGGCUCGCAGCGCAAAGGAGCAGGCCCUCAUCGAUGCCGAGGCCCAGAAGCAAGCCAUCUACCUCGCCGUAGACGAAGCCAAGGCCGAGGGCUUCCCCGACAACUCGGAGGAGAAGGAGGCCUACUUCCUCGAGCAGGUUCAGAUCGGUGAAACCCUCGCCGCCGACCCCUCCAAGGCUCUCGAGGCCGCCCUCGGCUUCUACAAAGCUCUCAAGGUCUACCCCACCCCUGGUGACCUGAUCAACAUCUACGACAAGACUGUCUCCAAGCCAAUCCUCGACAUCCUCGCCGAAAUGAUCGCCUACGACGGUGCGCUCAAGAUUGGCACCAACUACACCGGUCCCCCCGGCGUCGACAUGGCCGCCCUGAUGCGCGAGAUGGAGGAGAUGGGCGUCAACCCAGCGGACAUGGAUUAA